ACUUAAUUCAGUUUAGCAGUUGUGUUGAUUAUGAUGGUGACCAUCAUAAAUACAUGCUUUGAUUUGCCUUAAGUAAUAUUGACUCCAAUACAAACCAAAACUUUGCAUUUGCAUUAUACAUGUGUGUGGGAAUUUCUUUCACUUAAACACAGUCUUCCACUGAUCGAGUGAGGGACCUGUGUCAACCUUCCUCAUAAAAUUUCAGUUUACGUGUAAAAUGUUAAACUUCAGCUGCAUACGCAUGAGGAAACCGAAAGUAUCAAAGGAGCUUCACGCUUUCGCUUUCCCUUCCAAGAGCGCACUUACAUUUAGUUACGACUUCUGCAUUCACGUGUGAGGAUUGUCUGUCUACAACUUUUUUUUUUAAAACACUGCAUAUUAUUAUUUGACUUGAUCAUUGUAGAACUGCAUUUAGAGGCUUGAGUAGGAUCAGAAUGAAAUAUUAAUAGAUGGAUUGUUUUUCGCCUGCAAGGUGCGUACAGGAUUAAACUGCUCACAUGCAUGUCUGACAUUUGGAGUGUUAAGUUUUGUUUCUGUAAGACAGCAAUCAGUUUUGGAGAUGGUAGCUAAGAUGCACAUGAAAGAGUGGCUGGUAGCUCAGAUACAAAGUGGGACAUAUCAAGGACUGUGCUGGGAGGAUGAGGACCAAACCAUGUUCAGGAUCCCGUGGAAGCACGCAGCCAAGAAGGACUACAAGCAGACGGAGGACGCAGCUCUCUUUAAGGCAUGGGCUGUGUACAAGGGAAAGUACAGGGAGGGCAGAGAUAAAGCUGACCCCACCAUGUGGAAGACCCGUCUCCGCUGUGCACUCAACAAAAGCACAGACUUUCAGGAAGUCCCUGAACGCAACCAGCUGGACAUCACUGAACCCUAUAAGGUCUACUUUAUCCAGCAAGAUCAAGGGUCAGUCAGGCCACAAGAGUUUUCCCGGACAAAGGAUCAAGUGUACAUCCAGGCAAAAAGGUCUCCAAGUACCGCAGGCGUUCUGGACAAACCGCUACAUUUUCAAAAGGAGUUGUUUCAUACUAGUAACGAAGACAUGAAACCACUGACUGAUGAUCACAUGUAUUGUGAGCUCACUGAAAAAAAGACUGUAAAUCAGAGCCCUGCGCCUACAACCUUUCUUAUCUCGACACAUAUUGUAUCAGACUUUCGUAUGCAGGUGACGCUGUUGUACCAGGGCCAUAGGGUGAUGAAAGUGACCACCAGGAGCCCAGAGGGGUGCUUCAUCCUACAGGGCCGCGUCCCCUUGGGAAAUGAACAGAUCUACGGGCCCUGCACUGCCCAGCAGCUUUCAUUCCCUUCCCCAAGCUCUGUAUCUCUUCCGUCGUGUCUGAUUGAAGCAAUGAACCGCCUUCUUUGUCAUCUUGAGCGGGGUGUGCUAUUAUGGGUGGCCCCAGACGGGGUGUUCAUCAAGCGGUUCUGCCAGGGCAGGGUGUACUGGAGCGGUCCCAUGGCCCAACACACCAACCGGCCCAACAAACUGGAGCGAGAAAAGACCUUCAAACUGCUGGACAUACCCACAUUUCUCAAUGAUCUCCAGGGCUGUUUACAGGGGAAGGGACGUACACCUUCUUAUGAGAUUGAGCUUUGCUUCGGAGAGGAGUACCCAGACCCCGACAUAUCUAAAACCAGAAAGCUGAUAUUGGUGCAGGUGGUGCCCUUAUUUGCAGUGGAACUGAUGCAGAGGUUCAACUUUGUAAAGACUGAGAAAAGGCGACCGAUUCUCACCUCGAACACCGAGGAGAAGAACAUGUAGGCGGAUAGGGGAAACUCGAGCAAAGGGUUGUCCAUGAACAAUAUAAAAGCGGGUAAUUGAAGCUUUAUUCCUUACCCUGUCAUCAUGAAAGAUAGCCUUUGAACAGAGCAAACAAUAUAUAGAGUAUUGAAUAAAGAAACAAUCAUGGUUUUGCAUUAAAUAUAUUUCCUGUGAUGCAUAAAAGGAAUUUCUUUAUGCUUAUAUAUUUUUUAUCUAAUAUUAAUUUCAUUUAUUUUCACCAAGCAGGUACACUGAGUUUUCAGCUGUUGUAAAACCAGACAUCUUGUUUAACCCAUAAAACUUGUGAUAAGAUUGUAUUUAUGUAAAAAAUAUGCUUGUAUUUUACGCUAACCUCAUAUUCAGCAUCUGCAAUACAUAAUAAUUUAAGUGUUUAAUACAUGCAGAGAAUAAAUUCACACAUUUAAUUAAAUCUAUAAA